AUGAGACACUUGAAAAUUUUGGCUACAGUAUUAGAGAUUGACUUGGAAUCCGUUAAAAAUGCUGUCUCCUUAUUUUGCCGAUUAAAAAUUGCCCAUAAGAAAAAUCCUAAGACUUUUUCUACUCAUUCAUCCUGGUCUGGUACAAAAAAUAUACCAAAAUUAGAAAAAAUAAAUGUAGAAAAUGUAUCUGAUUUAUCUUCUCCAAUAAUAUUGYCCACUGAAGUACCAAAUGUUCUUGAGUCAUCUCCAGAUAAAAGCAAUUCUGAAAAAAGAAUGGCUUUUUUGUUUGAUUCAACUCUUACAGCUUUUUUAAUGAUGGGUAAUCUUUCCCCUAGUCUAAAAGAUCAUGCAGUUACAUUAUUUGAAGCUGGAAAAUUAACUGAUGAGGCAUUAAAUGUGUUUUUGGAUGAACUUGAUAAAGUUGCAGAUGGUUACAGUGCUGGUAGUUGUGUUUUUGGAAGUGAAACUCCUAGUGCAGGUGAGAGUGAAGGUGAAGCUAGACGAUAUUUUGAACAUGCUUUAACACUUAGAAGCACUGUGAAAGCAUUGAGAUCAGAAAAUUGCUCUAGUAAACUGGAUCUUAUUCGAUGGGAAAGUCUUAAGUCUUUAACAGCAGAUACAUGUGUUAGAUUUUUGAAAAAAAAUUACAACUUAUUAAUGUCAAUGGCUCCGUUAAAUAAAGAAACGCCCCUUUUGUCAUCACCAAAGUUACCACAUAUUGGUCCUCCUAUACCUGAAGUUAACUCUGUUUGGUUUAAACUUUAUUUAUACCAUAAAACAUGUUAUGGACCUCCAUCACUAUUAUUGAUUAGAGGUGUGCGAUUGUGGAAUGUUCCUAAAAUAUUUAGACAUUGUUCUAAAGUAAUGAUAACUACUUGGGGACAUGAUCCUCAUUUUAUACCUAUUGAGAACUUAUUAACUAUUAUCAAUGACACUUUAAAAGAAUCACCAGUUCUUAUACAAGCUUGUAAUCCAAAUACAUGUGUACUACCAUUUCCAAUAAUGCACCAUUUUCAAAAUGAGCAUUCUUUUUUAUAUGAAGAAAAUUUUUUAAAAAGUUUAUCAAAUGUUUUAAACAUAAAAAAUACGUGUGGGUAUAUAACUUGUGCAACAACACCAACUAAAUAUGAAAAGAAAUUAAUUUCAGAACAGCCUAGUGAUGCUUCACCGAUUUUUCAAAAAAAUGGAGUAUCUCUCUUAAAAGAAGAAUUAGAAAAAUUAAAUGAUGCAUCAUGUGUAAAGAAAACAAUGCUAUUAGAACCUGUUUAUGAUACAUCAGAAUGGACUUUGUUAGACUGUUGUUUUGGUGUGCCACUUUUUAAUUCAGAUAUCAACCAAAAUAUUUGUAAAUAUAUUGUAGAUAAUCAAAUGUGGAAUGAAGAAAAGAAUAAAAAAUUUGUUCGCACCAUCAAUACAUUUAACUCGUGUCUCUCUCACACACACACACUACAUAUAUAUUCACUGAGAAAGCUCAAUUUAAAAAACUUAACUGUUGUGAAAAACUAAUGAGAGAAAGUAGAUGUUGUUACAUUUAAAAUUAAUAAUUGGUCAAAUUACUAAUAUUUAAGC